UGUGCUAAGUGUAUAUAUUUUUCAGGAGGAUCCCACCUUGGAAAGAAACUACAAGGGCCACAGAGAUACCAUAACAAGUGUGGAUUUCAAUCCAAACAUGAAGCAGCUUGCCUCUGGUGGAAUGGACUCCUGUCUUAUGGUAUGGAACUUCAAGGCACAGAUGAGGGCUUUCAGGUUUGUUGGCCACAAGGAUGCUGUCCUUUCGGUCAAUUUCUCCCCAUCUGGACAUCUUGUAGCAUCCUCAUCAAGGGACAAAACAGUUAGACUUUGGAUCCCUAGUGUGAAAGGAGAGUCUACUGUUUAUAAAGCUCAUACAGCGACAGUUCGUAGCGUCCAGUUCUCUAGUGAUGGUCAGCAUCUUCUUACUGCAUCAGAUGACAAGACAGUUAAGGUGUGGACAGUUCACAGGCAGAGGUUCCAGUUUUCCCUGACCCAGCACAGUAACUGGGUGAGAUGUGCCAAGUGGUCACCCGAUGGUCGGUUGAUAGUAUCCUGUAGUGAUGAUAAGACAGUCAAGGUCUGGGAUAGGUCCAGCAAGGAAUGCAUACAUUCUUUCUUUGAACAUGGAGGGUUUGCACAUUCUGUAGCAUUUCAUCCGAGUGGGACAUGUAUUGCUGCAGCUGGUACAGACAAUACAGUCAAGGUCUGGGACAUCAGAAUGAACAAAUUAUUACAGCAUUACCAAGCACACAGUGGAGCAGUGAAUAGCCUCUCUUUCCAUCCAAGUGGGAACUAUCUGAUCACAGCUUCCAAUGAUUCAACCCUUAAAAUUCUUGAUCUCCUAGAAGGGCGUCUCUUUUACACCCUUCAUGGCCACCAGGGACCAGUGACAGCUGUAGCCUUUUCCAGAAACGGAGAGCACUUUGCAUCAGGAGGUGGAGACGAACAGGUGUUAGUAUGGAAGACCAACUUUGACAAGAUUGACUACAAUGAGGUCCUCCAGAGUCAUAAAGCAAGGUCCCAGACCCAGCCACCCCCACAUAUACACGACAUACACCCCAGGUCUCCGCAGCACCUGCAUCAGGGUGGGACGACACGUCAGACCAGCACGGACAUCAAUGCACAAUCUGAACUGAGAAACACAGUGACCGCCCCACCAGAUGUCAUGAACCUAGGCCCAGCUCUCUUUUCACAAAAUGGGGCAAUGGGGCACACUGCUGCUGCUGGUGCUGCUACAUCUGGACUCCAUGAUCUUGAUAUCACUUCAACAGACCAAGAAAGAAGGGGUAUGGUGAAUGGUAUUGGGCCAUCAUCACACCCUCCUCCUCCUCCUUCCACUGUACCUCUAGAGGUAAAGGAGAUCCCACCAGGCCUAGCACAAACUCUUGAGAACAUGGUGGGUCAACUGGAUGUUCUUACACAGACUGUGAACAUACUUGAGCAGAGGUUGACAAUGACUGAGAACAAGUUACGUGAAGUCCUCGAUAACCAACAGAAGAUCACGCUGCAAGUCAGACCAACAGAAUGAACUCUUCUCUCAAAAACAGUGAUUGGCAAACUCUUCCAUAAGAUUUAAGAGAAGAGAACGUAACCUCAAAGCAAGCCUCUUUAGGCAGAAUUUUUUUAGUUCUCAUGUGCCCUAGAAAAAUGAAGAUCUACAAAAUGAAAUUAUCUUGUUUUAGAGAAAUUAGAGUUGAACAGAAGACAAGACUUUCUAGGUAUGGAAAAGGUGACUGCAUGUGAUGUUGGUCAUGUUAUUACAAAUGGAACUUGUGCACAAACAGCAUAUUCAUUGUGAUAUGUGUUGAGAUGGUGCUUGGGGGGAUUCAUGGUAUGCUGGAAUCUUGGACACUUUGACCUGUGAUGGAUUUACUAAGUACAGAAUUUAAAACUCUUGACUAUCUAUUUUCAAUGCUGCAAGAAAAUGCAUAUCAUUGUUGAUGCCUUGUUUUUUUUAAAUCACUACCAUAUGAAUUAUUAGGAGAUUAAUUGUUUUUACAGGAAGGCUGAAAUGUUACUAUGCAUGAAAUUGGGCAACACCUUGGUCAUUCUGGUGGGGCAACCUUUUACAAGUGAGAUCACAGAAACAUUCAACAAUGCUAAGUACCUAAGACAACAUUCCCUUUUCUUAUUAACUGUGCUCAUUGCAUUGGCUAACAGGCACAGUUUGUUGUAUUGGUAGUAUAUUCAAAUUCAUUAUUUAAAAUGUGACCAGUCACAUGACUGGCUUAUUUCACAUCCUCAAAGAGUCAUCAUUAUUUGACAAACUAGAUUCAAGAUGAAAAAUAGUGGUAAACUUGUUGAACUAUCACAGAAUAAAGUGAUUGUCUGGAGAUUGCUCAUACUACAUGAUAUCGGACCAUAAAGAUUGAAUUGAUUCUAUUGUGUCAUUCUUGCCCAUCAAGUCCAAAUUAAAUUAUUCAGAAAUACAUGCAUGAUCAAUCACGAUAUGCACUUUCCAAGACCCAACCUCGACAUUGUUGAUGAAUUAUAAUUCUAGCAAUUUCAUCAGAAAUCUCCAAGUGCUGGAUAGUAAUUAUAUAAUAUUGAUUUGCUUUGAAGGAACAUCUAAUAUGUUGCCUGCAAAUAUCUACAAUAUAAUCGUAUUGUCCCAAGAGUCACAAGACGAGGGCAAUCAUUUCUGUUAUUUGCAGCAUUUCUUAUUUUCCAAACAGCCAGAGUCUGUCAACAUUAUUAAAUGUUUACCAAUAGUUGUAUAAUAUGUUUGAUUUAAACAACUCACAUUUUCCAACAGACAAGGGUGGAGAACACUCUUGUUUGCUCAUAUGUUCAAACAAUACUUAAUCUGCCCUAUUUGUACCAGCAUGUAAAAUGAAGAUUUAUUGGGUAGAAAAGGAGUUUAAAUUGUCCUUUUGUGAUCAUUUUUGUUUUAUAACUGGAAGUACAAGUACAAUAUACCAAUCAAAAUGGAUCCUGAAUUGUCAUGUAUGUAUUAAACUUCUAAACAGUUGCAACAUUGAAGAUUAAAACAAGUAGUAAUGAUUAAAUAAGGAAUUGAUUUUCUUUGUUGAGCUAUUUAGUGAGUUUGCAUCUUUUUCAAUUUUAUUAUGCCCCACAUUUCAAAGUUAUUAUUGCAAGUUGGAUUUAAUUUACAGAGAACCCAACAAUCCUACUUUCAAGGUAAGAGAGCAAGAAAUAAAAAUUUGUGCAGAUU